AUUUGACAAAAGUUUCCGGUGGUAGGGUGGACUUGUCCCAUCCUAUAAAAGUCUUUGGAUCUUUUGCUUCGAGAAAAGUAAGUCUUCAUCAGUCAACGUGAUCUAAGGCAAGAUGAGGUGCAUUAUAGUGCUGGCUGCUUUAUUAGCUGUGAUUUAUGCUCGAACGACCGUGCCUAACGAAGAGGCCGUGCCGCAAAAGGUGCUAAUAACUUCUAUAGCAUCGCCGGAAGAUAGCACAUCCUCUGAAUCGAACGAAGUAGCUGAGGCACAGACACGCACCAAGAGAGCGCCAAUCAUAGGAAAGGCACUCUUAGGCGGAGCUCUUUUAGGUGCCGGAGCAUUGGGCAUCGGAGCAUUGGGCGCCGGUGCUCUGGGCGCCGGUGCUCUGGGUGCCGGACUCGCCGGUGCUGGAUUGUACAAGGCUAAAUAUUAUGGCGGCGGAUACGGAUAUGGAUAUGGAUAUUCCCACUAUCAUGAUAGCUAUCCCUAUCAUUAUCACACUCAUUACCAUAAUCAUCCCUCUUACCAUUAUUCUUAUCCUCAUUAUCAUUAUCACAGCUAUGGACCGACUUAUGGCUAUUGGUAAAUUGAUUUAUCUUCAUGAAUGGCGUGCUAUAUAUGAAUUUCAUUGAUGGAAAUGGAAGUACUUGCUGUGCAUGUACUUUAUUGACGCGUCUUUAUUUAUUUACGACAAAAGCUACCUCUCCUAUAUACAAUGUAUGCUUGUAUAAUGCUAUAGUAUGUACAAUGUUGCACACUAAUAUUUACUUAUUGUAAAUUGUUUUAUAUGUUUAUAAUG